AACUCCUGAAAUGCGGGUUAACAGUCUCUGAGUUCGAGUAACUUCACUCGGAAAUGUAAAAGUGACGAGACGAGCUCCAAUGACCGAGGGAGCAGCGACGAGCAGCUCCAAAGCUUCCGCGUUCGAAACCAAACACAGUCCACAGUCAGCGAAAUGGAGAAUACCAUCCAGAUCGGACAAGUCACUCUGACUCUGAAGAUGGACUUGAUUCAAGACCAGCAAACAGACGUCAUUGUGAACACUACAUCAGAAAACCUUGACCUACGAAGGGGGGCCGUUUCAAAGGCUUUGCUGGAAAAAGCAGGUCAUGAAAUGCAAAAAGAAAUACAUAAUGCAAAGAAAAGCAAUUUCAUUAUUUCCACAAAAGCCUACAAACUGAACUGCAAAGAAGUCUAUCACACAUUUUGUGUUGAAAAGUCAAGAAGAGACUCCCAGAAGAUCUUUUAUGAGUCUAUAACAGAAUGUUUAUGGACAGCAGACGCAAAAGAGCACAAGUCGAUCUCCUUUCCUGCUAUUGGAACAGGAAACCUGGGAUUCUCUGAAAAUGAAGCUGCCACCAUCAUGCUGGAUGCCUUGAAGCAGUUUGCUCAAAAUGCUCCAGAAUCCAUGGCAGUUUACUUUGUCAUUCAUCCUUCCGACCAUAAAGUCUUCCAGGCUUUUAAGGAUCAAAUGAAAGGAUCAAAUGAAAAACACCCAGAAACAAUUCCCAGGAACACGGAUCAGCCGAGUUAUUGUAUUCCAGCAAACUUGAAUCCCCAGUAAAGGAUUCUGAGAUCUCAGAGCCUUCUGCUGCUGAACCUCCAGUUUUUUCAACAGCGACACCGUCAAGGAGAAAGAUGGAGAGAGGACUCGGGGAGGAGUCUUCAGACCCUGUGGUGACGCAGCUGCCAGAAGCGCGUCAGUCCAGACCUCCAACCUACUCCUCAGACGAGCAUUUUCUCCUCAGUCUUCUCCCUUUACUGCAGAACAUGCCUCCUCACAAAAAAGAAAUCAUCAAAUUCAAAAUGUACAAAUUAGCUUUAGAAAACAGCAAUUUUAUGCUUAAUUCUGAACCGUUAGAGGACGAUAAUUAAAUAUUUUUUAAAUAAAUGAGGCAGCAAUUUCUGCAGGAAAUGAAGCAGACUCCUAAAAUUUGUGUGUUCAGUCUUCCAAAUAAUUUUUUUUAUUCCCCCCAGUCUUUAUCUUUAUAUUUUAAUUAAUGGACUGCUUAUGUAUUGAUUUUUGUAUUGUAUAUGUGGGUGUCACUAUUGUCAUUAUGCUGUUUGUCAUAAAUUGAGUUUGAUUGGCUGACGUCAGACAGGUGUGCGUCAGCCAGAAGAGGAAAAAGGGUUUCGACUGGAAAUAAAGCAAAAUAAGUCAAAUCCGUAUCAAUUAUUGUAAAUAAUAAAAGGACAGAUUGAUUGCAAAAGUGAUGGGGUGAAAGUCUUUUAUUUUUUGUGUCGUACAGGGAAAUGACAACUCGCUUAACGCGUCCAGCUAGGUCUCUCUGACGUCACACAUCACUAGAACUAGCUACUCAGCUUCUAGACUUUUUGCCUCUACAUUUGUCCUAUUUUUAAAGUUAUUUUAUUUAUUGUGUAAGAUUCAAUUUCUUCUUAUUAGCGGCCACAUUAAUGCAACACUUUAAAAUGUAUGAAUAAAAAAUAUAUAAAUACAAGAAAGUCCCUCACCGAUGAAAAUCCUGUCUUUUGAGUUUUAACAUGUCUGUGUGGUAUUUUUCUUAUGAAAGAGAAAUUUAAUAAGAAAUAUUUUGUUUUUGCAUUUACGAGUAUUUUUCCUGCUCGACGCCUGCCUUUGACGCCCCAGCCAACUUUUUUCUGGGCUUCAUUUGUUGCCACAUCAUGGAACACAUGGAUGAUGUCAAGCGACCCUGGGUGGCGGCGCUCCCUUUGCUGUCCACCAGGUGGCAGCGGGCUUGAUCGCUCCAGCUCCAUGGACUCUGUGAGCCUGGCAACCUCCCCAGAGUGUAUCCCACCUUCACCCAACAGUAACCAGGACCGUCUCUGGCAACCCCGGUCGGUUAAGAAAAUGAAUGAAAGUUCAGGACAAAAAUCCUCACAAUGACCGGCCAUAUUGGAUUUUUUUUUUUUAAACUUUUUGAUUGAGUCACUGAAAACGUCAUGUGCCCAAAGCUGAGUCCCUGGUUGGUUGACUCGCAGCAUCAACCUUGCCACCUCUGCCGCCCAAAUCUCACACCUGAGCCCGCAUACGUCAACAUAGCGGCACACUUGUGAAGUCAAGCGCACGGCUAUGCCACCAGAAAGUUAAGAAAAACACCAGACACAAUAAUUCAGUGUUCUAGAUGUGGAGAUUCAAGAGAAUAUAGCAUGCCCAGCAGGUGAAGCAGUGUGAAAUCAGUGCAGGAAAAAAGGGACAUGCUGCAAGAGUCUGCAGAACUAAAAAGACGUGAAAAUCGCCAUGGCAACAGAGGAGUCAGAGGAUGCUGGAGCCGCUUUCUUAGGCCUAAUAUCUUCCCUUUUUGCUGUCAACGGCAAGACGUACAUCCCUCCUUCUUUCGGCAAAAGUUGAGACGUUUUCUUAGAAUGGCCAAUCAGUUUU